CGGACAUCCCAUCGCUUGUGAUCCCAGGCCCCAACGCCCAACACAGCGGCACGACAUUGCCCGACAUCGUCACAGACUACCGACGAGAGCCAGGCGAGCUGAACACUUCUAAGUGAGACUUUCAGACUCUAUCAUCCAUACUGGACACGCUUGCAAGUCUGUAGUCGAACAUGUCGGUCAUCUCCACCCAGAUCCGCAACUUCAAGGAGCCCACCAGAGAGCAGCUCAACUAUGUCUUCUUUUCGAUGCCACCACCACCGCCACCCAAGCUGGGUGAGGAGGAGCUGGAGAAGAUGGAGAUCAAUGCGGUGCUCAGUUUAGGAGUGGCAGAGGGGAACGCCGAGGAUGCGUAUGCAGGCAAACUGCACCUGCUGCCUCCGUAUCUAGCCUUUACUUCGCUGGACCGCAAGUCCGUUCGGUUCACGCUGCCGUUGUCCACGAUCCGACGCGUCGAGAGGUUGAAUGCGCGCGCAGGGGUUUACGCGCUGAGUCUGGCAACAUGGCAUGGGAUGAAGAUCAUCGUUCAACUAACAUCGCUACGCCCCACUGCCGAUUUGUUCUGCUCGCUCCUCCGCAAUGCCCUCAAAGACCAACUUCAACGCGGUCAAAUGAAGAAUGUCAAAGGCUUCGUCAAGACAUGCUACUCUGAACUCCUCAUUGCUUCGACAUCCUCAUCACCCGAAAACGAGCGAGAAGAUGGGUCCCUUCUGGACGACAAGGACGGUGUGCCAUCCGAAGUGGCCUAUCACGGCGGGCUUGGUUUGCGAUUCAAGUUUCCCGGCGAUCCCCGAAAACUGCGCGAAGCAUCAAAAAUCAAGCUGUGGACUACUUAUCUCCGAAACCACGGCCGCAACUUGACACUCCUUCGAUACCCUCAGUGCACGCGACUUGUCCAAGUCGGUCUGCCAAAUCGGCUGCGAGGGGAGAUGUGGGAGACGCUGUCGGGUUCAAUGUACCUCCGGUACGCGAACCCAGGUAUGUACGAGAACUUGCUUGAGGAGAUUAAGGGGAAGACAAGCCAAAGCUUCGAGGAUAUCGAGAAGGACUUGCACCGGAGUCUUCCUGAGUAUGCUGGAUACCAAGCAGAAGAGGGUAUCAGCGCUCUGCGGAGGGUUCUGCAAGCGUAUUCGUUGAAGAACCCCGAUGUUGGGUAUUGUCAGGCCAUGAACAUCCUCGCCGCAGCAAUCCUGAUAUUCAUGUCAGAGGAACAGGCAUUCUGGCUACUGGAAGUGUUAUGCGACAGGCUUCUACCCGGAUACUACAGCCCGACUAUGCACGGCACGCUCUUGGACCAACGAGUGUUUGAGUCUGUCGUGGCAAAGACGCUACCCAUCCUCCAUGACCACUUUAUGUCUGUCGAUGUUCAACUCUCCGUUGCGUCGCUGCCGUGGUUCUUGAGUUUGUAUAUCAACAGUAUGCCUAUGGUAUUCGCGUUCCGGAUAGUAGACUGCUUCUUCUGUAUGGGGCCGAAGGUUCUAUUUCAAGUUGGCCUAGCCAUCCUUAAGAUUAAUGGCGAGAAACUGCUCCAAAUACAAGACGAUGGCGGAUUCCUCAACCUCAUGCGCGACUACUUCACCACCCUCGGCGACUCCGCUCACCCUAACUCGACCGAUCCGCGUGCGAAGGCAAUCACGAACUUCCAAGAGCUCCUUCUCGUUGCUUUCCGUGAGUUCGCGCUCAUCACGGACGAGACCAUCCUCGCCGAACGUCGGCGCUUCCGGAACGAGAUCGUGAACUCGCUCGAGUCGUUCGCGAAGCGCUCCGCCGUGCGCAACCUGCACACCAUGGGCCGGUUCACCAAGAACCAGUCGGGCCUCAUCUACGACGCGCUGUACAAGGCGAUAUGCGAGGCGCCGCCGCCGCCGGAGCUCGCCACGGUCGCGCCCCCUCCGACGCUUUUGACGACGACGGACGCACCGCUCGACAGGAUGGAGACACGGGUGGGGAUGAGGACGUUCCAAGUUUUCUUGAGCGAGGUGGCGACGUGGGCACGGGACGAGAAGAUUGUGCUUAAUGGGUUUCAGCAACGCAUAGAUCGGGAAAUUCCUGAACACGAGUUGAUCCACCGACUAUUUUUCUUCUGGGACACGUCGUGCAGCGGGUCGCUGACGCUGCAGGACAUCGUUUCGGGUCUGGAUGGCGUCAUGUUCAAUGAUCUGAUGGAAAACAUCGAAUGGUAUUUCAACCUGCAUGAUAAGAAUAAGGACGGGUAUCUCACGAGAGAUGAGGUGUUGACGCUGUCGGAGUCGUUCUUGUUCAUCUUCAGACACGAAGUCGGCGACGCGUAUUUGGGCGCUGUCAGUCGGUUCAUGACAAACGCAUUUGAGUACGGCGACGCGUUGCUCCCGCAGGAGGAAAACCCUGAGACGGGCGAGAUGCAGCCGAAGCAGCUCGAGUCGAAUCAGCCCUAUCUCAACCUUGCUACAUUCCGUAUGGUCGUCCUCGCCGACGAAAUACUCGAAUCUUUCUUCGAGGCCGACCUCUCAGGCUCCUUCCGACUCGAGCCCGUACCAGACCUCGAGCUACCUACCACAUCGGGCAACUUCCUCGGCGAUCUGUGGCAGAACAUUGCGACGGCCGACAACAAGCGCAUCUUCCACAAGUUCUCCGACGAGCUCGGGAAGACCAUCGGGAAGCACCAGAUCGCGUAUCGCCCAGCAAUCGGGCGAUACAAGAGUCUCGAGGAACCCAAGGCAAGGGAGAGUUUACUUUCCCCUUCGCAGAUGCAUCCCCAGCGCAUGGAAUCGCCUGCACAGUCGGUGGGUGACAGUGCCGCUUCUGCGUCGAGUGUUGGGAAUACGAGCACGAGUACGCUCGUUGGGUCCUCGGCGCCUUCCCAGGCGACAGGCGGAUCGAGCUCGCUCACGGUCGAUGCAUCCGCUGCGGGCCAUGCUGGCGAUGGCAGCCCCACCUCUGCAGCGCUCUCUUCGGCGGCCUCGGCAUUGCCUGCGCCUCAUGAGCGCGCUGUGAAUGCCGCGAGGACAUUGUUGGAGCGCACACCGUUUGCGAUUGAUGACGUGGGAGAUGACGAUGAGAGCGACCUGGAUCUGUUGCAUGGGGAGGACGAUGACCAGGUCAUGGACGAGGUCGACGCGUUCCUUGAGGAGAACGACCAGGGUCUUACGGAUGCGGACAAGGAGCUCGCCAAAGAUCUCAUCCAUGCCGAGCCUGUGAAGUAGUGGAGGGAUCUCGCUCGCUCGAGAACGCGUCUCCGGAGCCGCCGAGAAGGCACGAAGGUGGAGGCGGUGAUAGGAGAUGGAGAAGUUAGAAAACCUUAACAAUUUACAACCCAAUGCUCUCUCGGCCUGUACCGCGGAAGUGGACCAUGGCCACCAUCGGAUGGAUGUCACGCAUGUAUAUGCUGUAUUUCUAGAGUCUAAAAUCUCACCCC